AUUAUUUGCUGUCAUGUUUGUUUCUUGUUNAGGAGAUAUUUUAAAGACGGGAUGACAUACAUCUUCUGAGGGCAGGGGAAACUUUCAUCUCAACAUGUUUUCAGAAAACAUUUAUGUUAACACGAACUUCAAAAAUAAANUUGACUCCUCAGACAUCGACACAGACUCUUGGCCAGCUCCCCAAAAGAAGAACACGUCUCAGAAAAGUUGUCACAAAUUCUCUAAGGUCCUCUUUACCUCACUCAUAAUCUAUUUCCUGCUGUUGACAAUCUUAUUCUCCAGUGCUCUGAUCACUUUGUUUACAAAAUAUUCUCAGCUGCUUGGAGAGAAAACGAUUAUAAAAGAACUGAACUACACUGAAUUGGAGUGUACAAAAUGGGAUUCACUCCUGGAAGACAAAGUCUGGAGCUGUUGCCCAAAGGAUUGGAAGCCGUUUGGUUCCUACUGCUACUUCACUUCAACUGACUUGGUGGCAUCUUGGAACGAGAGUAAGGAGAACUGCUUCCACAUGGGUGCUCAUCUGGUGGUGAUCCACAGUCAGGACGAGCAGGAUUUCAUCACCGGGAUCCUGGACAUUGGUACUGCUUAUUUUAUAGGACUUUCAAAUCCAGGUCAUCAACAAUGGCAAUGGAUUGAUCAGACACCGUACGAUGAUAAUACCACAUUCUGGCACAAAGGUGAGCCCAGCAGUGACAAUGAACAGUGUGUUAUAAUAAAUCAUCGUCAGAGUACUGGAUGGGGCUGGAGUGAUAUCCCUUGCAGUGAUAAACAGAACUCAGUUUGUCAUGUGAAAAAAAUAUACUUAUGAAUCACACAUUCUCCAUGGCCACGGGAUUGCAUUGUUAUCCACCAUUAUGCAGACACUUGGAAAGUUCUUCAUGUGGAACAGAGGUCCACAGAAUUUUAGGUAGGCAGCCAAUGGUUUUACAUAUGAUAAUACUGGUACAUAUGUAAACUUACUUGGUCAUUGUCAUUCUCUUAUAUAAUGAGAAUUUUCCAUGUACCAGAGGCUAUAUAGGAGACUCUG